UCUAACCUUUUUUUCUUUCACAGCGCUGGUAUUGGUAGGACUGGAACAUAUUGCGUUAUCCACAAUAAAAUCCAGAGGGUUCUUAUGGGUGACAUGACUGCUUUGGACCUUGUUAAUACCAUAACCACUUUUAGGUCACAGCGUAUUGGAAUGGUGCAAACUAUCGAGCAGUACUUGUUCUGCUAUGAUGCAAUUAUCGAUGAACUCGAAGACCUCACUACAAAUGGCGAGACUCAGGGCAUUCUCUUAAAAAAUUGGAAUCUUUUGAUGGCGAUGUUUGUCGAUGUUCAUGCCUUGAUGCUGAACUCGAAAUUGUUGAUCGUGUUUUUCCCAUUGUAUUUACAUCAUGUAGUGUUCCUGAAUGCUAGUACCUUCAGGAUGUUCACAUACUAUAAUGCGCUCACAAAUUUUGCUUAUCUAAAGUUGCGGUGA